AUGUUAAUUACGGCAGCAAGGGCUCGUAUUCGAAUCUCCACCAGCAUUCCUCCUGCGCAGGAUAAAGGAUGCGGACGUAUUAAGAUGAUCCAAAUCGUCUCAAGCUCUCUCGAGCCAGCAGCCAAACCCUACGAUCCCCAAGAACGAUCUAUGAGCGAUCAGAUAGCCAAGUAUCUGGAUGAAAAGUGGCGGGCAGAAAUCACAUCAGAGAACAAGACGACACCUGAUCUGCUUAACUGGUCAGUUCGUUUGCUCCCUCCGGUGUGCAGUGUGGCACUGGGUGUUCGCCCCGAAGUUGCCGGCAUCUACGGAGUACUCUAAAACCCGCCAUGUCGAGGAAUUCCACCGGGUCUCGACCCAUCCGAAAGUAAAUGAAAUGAUGGUUUCCAUCCAACUCAGAAGAGAUUGGCUCGGUUAGUAGUGUACCGGGAACACGUUUGGUGGCAGGAA